AUGAAGGAAGAGAUUGAAUUGGUACUGUACCCGUCUUCCUCAUCUCUCUCUGAACACCAUCCGCCAUGGAAGCCGCAGCUAUCUUCAACUUCCCAACAUCAAAACCUCCACAAUCACCCAACUCCCUAUCCCUAAAAUCCCAUUUCAGAAACCCAUUUUCUCUCCCCAUUCCCCAUUCCACUUCCCACUCCAUCCACCACCGUCGUUCCUCCACGAUUCGAUCAGCCAUCAGUCGAACCAAGAAAGAAGAAACAGUGGAAAACGUCAAGAAUCAGCUUGAGAAUUGCUACCUCCUUGCUGGUAUUCGUUACAAGGGUUUAACUGUGAAACAAAUACAAGACCUCCGUAAAUCUCUCCCCGAGACAUCCAAACUCCUUGUGGCGAAGAACACUUUAGUUUACAAAGCCAUUGAAGGAACAAAAUGGGAAGUGUUAAAGCCUUGCAUGACUGGAAUGAACGCUUGGUUGUUCGUCCAUAGUGAGGAGAUUCCUGCAGCAUUGAAGCCGUAUAGGAACUUUCAGAAGGAGAAGAAACUAGAGGAUAAUGAUUUCUCAGGGGCGGUGUUUGAAGGGAAAUACUAUGCGCCGGAGGAAUUCAAGACACUAGAAACAAUGCCCACCAGGGAUGAGGUUUAUGCACAGCUACUUGGGUCAUUGCAGGGACCUGCAAUUCAGGUUGUGGCUACCCUGCAAGCUCCGGCCAGAGAUUUGGUCUUGCUUCUCAAAGCUCAUUGUAAGAAUCUUGAGGAGGGGAGUGCUGGUGGGGAACAAUAGAUGUAAGUUUUCUGUUGUAUUUGAACAAUUGAUUGAAUGAUUUGAAGGAAGAGCAUAAAGUAUGUAGAUUUUUGUUAAUGUUGAAUUCUUACAACUGCUCUCUGUUUAUCGUUUCAUUCAUUGAUGAUAUGGGUUGAUAUGGGUAUGAAUCUGUAUUAGAAAAGGAUGUAAUGAUAUUUGUAGAUGUUUAUGAACUUCA